CUCUUGUUUUUUUUGCAUGUCAAUAGUUCAUCAAUUGAACCAAUUGAUCAAUUAUCCAAUUACUACUAUAUAUGGAAACUUAAUUAUUAUUAUAUUUUACCCAAUCAAAAUGGCAUAUAUUAAUCAUAGUAAUAGUAAUAGUAGUCGUAGUAGUAGUAAUAAUAAUAAUAAUUCAUCACAUCCAUCUUCAUUAUCAUCACGAUUAUCAUCAAUUGCAUCAUUGAAACAACCAGUUCCUUUAACCGAUGAUGAUGAUGAUGAUGAUGUUCAUGAUCGAGAUGAUGCAGUGAAUGAUAAUUUUCGUUUUAGUUUUGAUGAAAUACGUCAUGAAUUAACUAAUUUAGGUGUGACUAAUUUAAAUAAUGAACAAAUGAUACGUUUAAAAACUGAUUUAGAUACAUUAAUAAUGAAAGAGAGAAGUACACUGUUACAGCAACAACCACAACAAUUAAAACAAACUAUACAAAAAUCUGACACUGGUAGUAGUAGUCGUAGUAGUGGUGCUGGUAGUGGUAGUAGUGGUAGUCAUUCAAUUUCAUCGCAUCGUCAACAAAUUCACAGUGGUGACACGGAUAAUGAUAGUAAUAAUCAUCAUAAAUUAAAAAAUUCAAUUUCAUUAAAUAAAAAAUUAUUAUUAUUGCCUUCUGCAUUGAAAUCACAUAAAAAAGUUUCAGCAUCAUCAACUUUGUCGUCGACUUCAUCAACUUAUUUAUCUGUUACAUCAGAAGAUUAUUUAUCUUAUUAUGAUGCAAGUCAAAAUGAUUGUGUCAGUGUUCAUAAUAAUCAUAAUAAUAAUGAUGAUGAUCGUUUAAAAAAUUCCAAUGAUCAAUUAAUUCGAAAUAAUAAUAAUAAUCAUGAAUUGAAUAGAGGUGAAUCAGUUGAAUGUAAAUCAUCAAUAACAGAUAAUUAUUCAUUAAGUCAAGAUAUUAAAGAGAAAUACAAUGAUAGUUUUAUAUCGGAUGAUGUUACACAAGUAUCAUCAGAUGAGAAACAACACCGUUCAUUGAAUAAACAUAAUAAAAAUGAAGAAGGUAGUGAACAAAUCACACUGGAUUUAUCACCAAUUAAUAGAGAAAUAAAAAAUCUUGACACAGCAAAAAUUCUAUCUUCAACGUCAUCUUUAACAACUUCAUCAACACCAACCACUACAGCUACACUACUGUUAUUGAAUGGAACUGAGAAGAUACAUACAAUUACUGAUCAAAAUAACAGUCAAUGUCAACAAUCAACAGAUUCUCCAUCUGAAGCGAAUGAAUUAUCACUAACACCGAUUACACAAAAACUGUCAUCUUCAUCAUCAUCAUCAUCAGCAUCGUCAAAUAGAACAAUGACAGCACGAACUAACACCACUCCGACGACAACAACAAGAACCUCGUCAUCAUCAGCGUCAUCAGCAUCAUCGACUGACAAAAACUCUCGUCGUCAUCUCGAGUCGAUUUCUAAAGAUUCUUCUGCUGCUGCCUCUUCUCCUUCUUAUCGAUCGAAAAAAUCGUCGGCAAGUUUUCAUCAUCAAUCACAACAUUCGAAUGAUUAUACUAGUGCAGCGGCCGAUCAACAUUCCUAUGAUGAUGAUGAUGAUGUUACUGGUGGUGGUGGUGUUGGUCAGGCGAAUCGAGUUGAAUUGCGCGCUGAUGAAAAUGAUGAACCAACUAUUGUUGAUCAUGAUGAAAUUAAUUACCCGGUGACAGUGAACGUUGAUGAACAUGAUUCUUCGCAUAGUAAUAAUUUAUCAAUAUCAUUGAAUAAUAAUGAGCUAGAGAAAACAUCAUUAAAUUUAAAUGAACUGAAUGAUACUACUGAUUAUCAACAGAGAAAAUGUUCUACUCUUACUACUGCUACUACUACUAACACAACGAAUUCACCAAGGAGAUCAGCUCGAUUUUUAGAUGAUCCUGUAGAACAAGUUCAUAGUUUACUAAGAGAACCACAUCAUCAACAAUCAACACAACAGAAGCAAGACCAUGGACGACACCAUCAGAAACACCAUCAACGAAGAUCGAAAUAUACACAACAAAAACGUAUUCAUUCCGCUAGUUCUCAUCAUUAUAAACAUGGUCAUUCGAUGAGUGCUCAAAAAUUACAACGACCAAUUUCUGGUGGUACACAUAGACGACAAGAUCCAGUUGCAAGAUAUCAUACAUAUCAACGUAUAUGGUCAGUUCGUUCUGCAGCAUGUGAAAAUGCUCGACGUCUUCUACGUUGGAAUAUUAGAACAGCAAUGAUGCAUAAAGAAAUUCCUGUGUUACAACGUAAUUCUGCUGAAGUAAUUCGUCUGUUAGGUCCAUAUGCAUCAACUUAUUUGGAACAUGAAAGACAGAAACGAAUUAAAUCUUUACAACUUGAUUAUAUACCACCAACUAGUAGACGUCAUAGUGAUCUACGUCAAAGUAUUCGAUCAUUAAUGUCCAAUCCUAGUUGACAGUUGUUGUUGCUGUUGUUGUUGAUGUCAUACUUACCGCUUAUGAAAAUCGAUAUUCAUUUUUUCAUGCUUAUUUUGAUUGUAAUCUAAGUUGAAUUUACAGCAUUCCCCAACUUUUUUGAAAAAAAAAAUGCAUUUGUAUAAUUAAUUUCACGACAUAGAAAAACAUACUUAUAAUUAAUAUUCAUUCUUUUAAUUGAUUUCAAUUUUUCUGCUCAAUUUAACCGAUUAAAAACAACGAUGAAUAUAAUAUGUAUGCAUCUCUCUCUAGAUGUGCAUUUAUCUAUUUUUUUCUCCGUGCCGGUGUUACGUACUACUGAUUUUAUUGAAUAAGUAGUAUAAUACUAAUUCACACAAUUUUUCUCGUGUACACCUCUAUUCACAAUCAAUCUAUCGAUCGAUCGAUCUAUUCAGGCUUCCAAAGCAUUUCAGUAUUGUUUGUUUGUUAGUUUGUUUUUGCAUUUGGUCAUAUUUAUUGAUUUUUUUGAUUUGUGUUUGAUUUUAUUUUCUUCCCUUUGUUUUAAACGAUUUUGAUUUGUUUUUUUUAUUUGAUAGUUUGCGUUUUUUUUUUCGAUAAAAAAAUAUUAUUUUUGAAAAAUAAAAUAACUGUUUAUAUGCAUAUAUAUACAUGUCAUCUAUCUAUCUAUCUACAUAUAUGAUAUGCGCAUGAUUUGAUCAAAGCGCAGACGAAGAAGAUGACAUUGUGUGACGGUAGGUUUAUUAUUAAUAUUAUUAUUGUUGUUUGACUGGUGGUGAUGAUGGUGACGUACUUUUCUUUCUCUCUUCUGUGUACUUCUCCUUCCAACUAUUGUUGUUGUUCAUGUAGUUGUUGUUCGUGUUACUACUCUGUUAUUGUUGUUUUAAUCAUUGAACUUAGUUAGUUAUGAGUUCAAUUUUACAAAUAAAACAACCAUAUGAAUUGUUUGAAA